AUGCAGAGACAAUCGAGGAGCUAUGAAUCGGACAACUACUCUGACCUAGGUUCAGAAGACGAACAGCCGUACACCCGAGGUCCACAAAACACCUCAAUGUCAGCUAUGUCGCAAAUGCAACGACAGCAACCUAACUCCACAGCGAACCUGGUCCCUCAAAAAGUAGGAAACGACGUUAGCUAUGCUGCCCCCACAAACAGACCGCAAUAUCAAGACCAGAGAACUUUUGUUGAGCGACCAGUGGACGACGAUGCGACUUCGCGGUCCUCUACGCUGGAUGGCAACGAAGAGGAUGUCCCGUAUCCACUGAAAAAGUCAUUGGCGCAUUCUGCCAUCAAAAUGAGCCUCACAGGACAGGAACCGGCAUCUCCAGCACCCGCACCGCACAUUCCCGGCCCUCUAGAGUCGCAGCUUGCUGCCUUGAUGUCCAAGCUUGUCUAUAUCGAACAAGCGAACCCUAUCAUAACGGUCAAGCCUGAGGAAUAUGAGCAGACGAUGGCGCGUUUGAAAGCGCUGGAAGAGGAAAAGAAGCUGUGGUGGAAGCGACACGAGGCCAUCUGGAGCCUUCGAGACGAAGACGUGGAGAACAACAUCAAGAUUCGCGGAUUGUUAGCUAGCUGUCGACGCGAACUAGACGCGACCAAAGCAUUACGCGAUGAAGAUCUUCUAAACGUACAGAUUGUACGGAGCAAGCUUGCGGAAAAGACCAGAGAAGUGGAGCGACUGCAUGCACAGACCGGACGUAGCAGCCCGAGCCGAGGGCGUCCAGGCAGUUUUCUCGAACGGCGCGAUACAACAGAUCUAUUCACUGCGGCCAAGGUGGCAGCUCUUGAGCAACGAGCUCUCGAACUAGAAAAGAGAAACUCGGACCUUGUCGCGCAGUUGGCAACGUCGGGAGGUGGUAGCAUCGAUGACCUGAACCGGGCAACAGCUCACCAGGCAUGGAAAGGGACAGUUGCCGAUCUGGAAUCAAAGAUCAAGGCCAAGGAUGCUGAGAUCUCGCGUCUAAGGGGCCAGGGUGCUUCUGCGGGAAGCGGGCAGAUGGACUGGUACCGGAUUGAAGCGCUACUGGAGGAACAUUCAAGCUACCGUGAGAGCAUCGGAGGCAAGCUGCAGGCUCUCCGGUCAGAAAAGGAGGGACUCAUGAGAGAUCUACACCGCAAGGAGAACGAGUGCCAAGUGUUGGAGCUCAAAGUGCAGACGCUGCAGAGACGCGCAAACGUAGUGUGA